AUGGAAAAACAAUACAAAGACAACAGUUGUGAAAGUCAAUUGUCACAACUUUACAGAGGACACGGCGAGAAGAUCACAAAUAAACAAUCACUAGAAGAGCUGAGAGCAGGUCCAGAUAAAUCAUUGCCAGUGUUCUUUUGGAUUCAUGGUGGAGCUUUCGUUGUUGGCAAUGGCUCAAUAUCCUCUUUCAACCCAAAGUUCUUGAUUGAUUACGAUAUAAUAAUAGUAACAAUAAACUAUCGACUAGGUCCAUUUGGAUUUUUAACAACACUUGACGAAAAUAUACCCGGCAAUUUGGGACUCAAGGACCAACUUCUGGCCCUUAAAUGGACACAUGAUCAUAUUAUUCAGUUUGGAGGAGAUCCCAAGAAAAUAACAGUGGGUGGAGAAAGUGCUGGAAGUAUGUCUGCCGGAUUCCAUUUGAUUAGUAAAGCAGCUAGAGGCCUAAUUAGUGGCAUUAUUCAACAAAGUGGGUCAUCACUAUCCAGCGUCUUUUAUCCAACAAACGACAGAGAACUGGCAUUUGAAUUUGGAAAAUCGUUGAAUAGUUCAUUUACAUCAACUGAAUCAAGUGAUUUGUUAGAAUUAUUACAAGAAGCAUCGUAUUCAGAUUUAAUGACUCUAAGUAAUAAGUUUACUUCUGGAAGAGGAGUAGGAUUUAUGGAUGCCUUGACAUUUAAACCUGUUAUCGAGAAUGACAACGAUGACGCUUUUAUUACCGAACCCAUGCAUGAUGAUGUAUUGGAAGGUCACUUUAAUUUAGUUCCUAUUCUUAUCGGUUUUAAUUCUGAAGAAUCUCUAAUGUUCUUAGAAGAAGAUAGAAAUGCACUAAUAAAGUACACUAGUGAUGAAGUUUUUGUUCGAUCAACAAUACGUCAAGCUGAAGCUGCCUCGCGAUAUGUACCUGUAUACCUCUAUGAAUUAACAUGGUUACCAGAUGACAGUACUCUUCUAGGAGUCCCACAUGGAACAGAACUAUGGUACUUGUGGGACGGAAUAAAAUAUGGUCCAAUUAAUGAAAACUUUCGAAAACCUGUAUUAAAAUGGUGGACCAAUUUUAUUAAAUACCAAAAUCCCACUCCAGAAUCAGACGGAGAACUUCAAAAUGUAAUUUGGCCAGAAGUACAACCCGAUGCUGUAAAGUAUUUAGAUAUCAAUUCGCAGUUCACAGUGAAAGAAAAUCCUAGACAUUAUUAUGAUGUUAAAAAUCUAUUGGAUCUUUACAUACGUCCACCGUAUAUAACUUAUUAAAAUCUAGAAUAAAAAAAUCUUGUUGUUUAUUAGAAUAAAUAUGC